AUGGAUGAUGGCCAUAGAAAUCAGGGGAGCCAUGGGUUUGAUGGCUAUCGCUACCAAGAUGGUGGCUAUACAGGUUAUGCGCCCAAUGACCCAACCUAUCACACUAGAGAGGAGCCCAAUCAGGAAGAAGAUGCUCAGAGCGAUGCUACUGAAGGCCAUGAUGAAGAUGACGAAGUUUAUGAAGGAGAGUACCAGGGCAUUCCUCACCCAGAUGACAAGCCCAAGCAGAAAAAAGCCGGUCUUUCCAAUGAGUUCAGAGAUCACGACGAGCUUAUAGCAGAAAAGAUGGAAGAUGAAGAGCAGUUGGCCCACCAGUAUGAGAAUAUCAUUGUGGAAUGUGGCCACGGACGAUUCCAGUGGAUGCUUUUCAUUGUGCUGGGCUUGGCCCUGAUGGCAGAUGGAGUGGAAGUGUUUGUGGUUGGUUUUGUCUUGCCCAGUGCUGAGAAAGACAUGUGCUUAUCAAGCUCCAACAAAGGAAUGCUGGGACUAAUUGUUUAUUUUGGAAUGAUGGUGGGGGCCCUUUUCUGGAGUGGCCUGGCAGACAAGCUGGGCCGGAAGCAGUGCCUGAUCAUCUCACUCUCCAUCAAUGCCAGCUUUGCGUUCCUCUCCUCCUUUGUUCAGCAAUACGGCUUCUUCCUCUUCUGCCGCCUCAUCUCCGGUUUUGGUGUUGGAGGUUCCCUACCCAUCGUCUUUGCCUAUUUCUCUGAAUUCCUAGCCCGUGAGAAGCGAGGAGAACACCUGAGCUGGCUCUGCAUGUUCUGGAUGAUUGGUGGUUUGUACGCCUCAGUCAUGGCCUGGAGCAUCAUCCCACAUUAUGGUUGGGGGUUCAGUAUGGGAACCCAUUACCACUUCCACAGCUGGCGGGUUUUUGUGGUGGUCUGUUCCCUCCCUUGCAUAGCAUCCCUUGUGGCUCUGAAAUUCAUGCCAGAAAGCCCACGUUUUUUGUUAGAGAUUGGUAAGCAUGAUGAAGCAUGGAUGAUUCUUAAGCAAGUCCAUGAUGUCAACAUGAGGGCCAAGGGAGAACCAGAAAGGGUAUUUACAGUCUCUCAGAUAAAAACUCCCAAGCAAGUUGAUGAAUUUAUUGAAAUACAGAGCUCCACAGGAACAUGGUACCAACGUUGCUUUGUUAGAGCCAUGACUACCAUCAGACAGGUAAUGGACAAUGUGGUUUAUUGUCUGACAGCGCAGUACAGAAUGAACACACUAUUACUGUCAGUUGUCUGGUUUUCAAUGGCCUUAAGUUACUAUGGCCUGAUUGUCUGGUUCCCUGAUAUGAUACGGUAUUACCAAGAGAAAACGUAUAAGUCUGAGAGGAAGACUUUCGAGUCGGAAUUAGUGAAGGACUUCACCUUUGACUUUAACCUCAGAAACCAGCUCUACUUGAAUUGGACAUUCAAGAAUGACAGGUUCAUUCAAAUGAAAAUGCGCGAUGUGACUUUUGACAACUCCCUCUUUGAGGACUGUCGUUUUGAAGAUGUGACAUCCAGCGCGACCUUCUUCAAAAAGUGUACUCUUGUAAAUACCAGCUUCUAUAACACAGAUUUCUACAAGUAUAAAUUCAUUGACUGCGAAUUUAUGAACGUCUCUAACUUUGGGCAGAAGAAGGGUUGCCAGCUGGAUUUUGAGGAAGACAACGAUUUUCUCAUUUACCUUGUCAGCUUCUUGGGCAGCCUUUCCGUCUUGCCUGGUAAUAUCAUCUCAGCUCUGCUGAUGGACAAAUUAGGAAGAAUCAAGAUGAUCGGGGGGUCCAUGCUGAUCUCGGCAGUGUGUUGUUUCUUCUUGUUCUUUGGCCACAGCGAGUCAGCCAUGAUCGGAUGGCAGUGUCUCUUUUGUGGCAUGAGCAUCGCUGCCUGGAACGCCUUGAACGUCAUCACCGUAGAGCUGUAUCCCACGCAUAAAAGAGCCACAGCCUUUGGGAUACUCACCGCCGUCUGUAAAGUUGGGGCUAUCUUGGGGAAUUCCAUCUUUGCCUCUUUUGUUGGGAUCACCAAAGUGGUCCCCAUUCUUCUGGCAUCUUCGGCUCUAGUUGGUGGAGGCCUCUUAUCCCUGAGGCUGCCAGACACACGAGACCAAGUCCUGAUGUGA